CUGUCAGCCUGUUCUGUCUGUCACUGUCAAAAACAGGAGAUGGGGGGUCCUCAUAAGGGUGGGGGAGAGAACAAGGCACAAUAAAUAUGAAGAAGAGUAAGAAAUAGUAGUGGUCAUUCAUAGUGUUCUGUGGUAGUGAUAAAGAGUGGCUUUUAAGUAACUAUUUUAGAAAUUUCCUCAGUAAUUAAUGUUAAUUUAAUCAACAAUAAAAAUGAGUUGCGUGCAAUGUGGUGGGCCUUCACUAUAUAAAUGCCCUACGUGUAGGCAACCGUACUGUUCGGUAGCAUGUUGCAAGCAACAUAAAUUGACACCCUGCUCGUUACCUCCAGGCCCAAAGAAUGUGGAAGAUCGAAUUGAGACUAGGUUAACAUAUGACUUUCCUACAGAAGACACUGUUGCUCCAGAAAAAUUACUAUUACUAGAACAAUCUGCAGAAAUAAAACAGUGCCUAGAAAAUCCGCAUGUUAGAAAAAUAUUAGAAUUACUUGACAAGUCGCCACAUCCAGACCAACUCAUGCAAGAGUACAUGCUAGAACCUAUUUUCACUGAAUUUGUAGAUGCAUGUUUGAAGGUUGUGGAACCACCCGAAGAAGUCAACAGUGCAUAAAAACAAAUUAGAGGAUGCAAAUAAAAGUGCACUUUACAUUCCAUGCCAUUUUUUUAUU